AUGAGGGUCUUGGCCUGCCUCCUCGUGGCUCUGAUGGGGAUCCAGGCUGUUGAGUGGCUGCGUCUGGCCGAUGGCCCCCACGGGUGCGCGGGCCGCCUGGAGGUGAGGCACGGCGGGCGCUGGGGCACCGUGUGCGACGACGGCUGGGACCUGAGGGACGCCGCCGUGGCCUGCCGCGAGCUGGGCUGCGGGGGCGCGCUGGCCGCCCCUGGAGGCGCCUUCUUCGGGGAGGGUGCGGGGCCCGUGUGGCUGAGCGAGCUGGCCUGCCGGGGCGGUGAGCAGCAGCUGGGCCUCUGCCCCCACCGCGGCUGGAAGGCCCACAUCUGCUCCCACGAGGAGGACGCAGGCGUCGUCUGUGCAGGUCAGCGUGUGUCGGACUCCAGGGAUUGGGACGACUCACCUUCAGUCCUGGAUGGGGACCCCUGGCCGGGGCUGUCUGGGGAGCUGAGCCCUGGCUCUGAGGAGGCCCCGGUGAUGCCUGCCCCCCGCCCAGCCGGGACCCCCCAGAGCGGCUCCCGGAAGAAGAGCCCCCGGCCGCCCAAACCCACCAAGUCCACCAGGGCCCCCUUGCUGACUGCCGGAGCCCCCCGCCAGGGCCCGGCCCCCAGGCUGCGUCUGGCAGACGGCCCCCACGGGUGCGCAGGCCGCCUGGAGGUGUGGCACAGCGGGCGCUGGGGGUCUGUGUGUGACGAUGCCUGGGACCUGAGGGACGCCGCCGUGGCCUGCCGCGAGCUGGGCUGCGGGGGCGCGCUGGCCGCCCCUGGAGGCGCCUUCUUCGGGGAGGGUGCUGGACCCAUCCUCCUGGACGAUCUUCGCUGUCGGGGAAACGAGACGGCCUUGCGCUUCUGCCCGGCGCGGCCCUGGGGCCAGCAUGACUGUCAUCACCGGGAGGACGCUGGGGCCGUGUGUGACGGUAUGCCUCUGGGAUAUGUCCCUCCCACGGCCCCCGCGGUGGGCAGCAACAGCUCCAGGCCCAGGGAAACUGCAUCCAGGCCCCCGACCCCGACGGUGAGCCAGGCUGCGCAGAUAGCAGGCAUUUCACCUCCGCCCGCUUCCCCUGCGGCCCCUCAGGAGCCUGGGCCGGAAGCUGGGUCCCCCCAGCUGCGCCUGGUGGCCGGGCCCAGCAGGUGCUCAGGCCGGUUGGAGGUGUGGCACGGUGGGCGCUGGGGGACCGUGUGUGACGACAGCUGGGACCUGCGGGACUCGGCUGUGGUCUGCCGGGAGCUGGGCUGCGGUGGACCUCGGCAGCCAGACCCUGCUGCCGGCCGCUUCGGCUGGGGCGCCGGCCCCAUCUGGCUGGACGACGUGAGGUGUGUGGGGACCGAGGCUUCCCUCGCCGACUGCCCUGCCGCUCCCUGGGGGAAGCACAACUGUGCUCACAACGAGGACGUUGGAGUUACCUGCACUGGGACCCCCGGCCUGGACUCCAUCUCAGACCCCUUCAGUUGGAGCUGGAUCCCUGGCCUGGGUAGAGACCCAGAUGCCUGGCUCCCGGGGGAGCUGGCCACCAAGCCCUCUGCGAGGCGGACCCCCGGCGUUCCUGAGAAAACCACCACCAAGGCCCCAGGGAAGAUACCCAAAAGCACAAAGAAGUGGGUGACCAAAAACGCAAAGAGACCGACCACUCAGCCCGCCGUGAUACCAACCACUAAGCACUCCAGGGCCACGGGCACCCAGAGUCCCCCAGAACUGACCUCACUGACCACCACCACUCCGACCACUGAGGCCUCCCGAAGACCGACCUCCGAGUUUACCACCAGGCUGACCACGGAGGACCCUCACAGGCUGACCUCACACACCACCGAAAGGCGGACUCCCCGGGUCCCCCGGGAACGGACCUCUAAGACCCUGGCAACACCGACCACCCAGGGCCCCCGAGAACUGACCUCUGAGGCCACCAUGGAGCCAUCGGCCGAGAUCCCAGGAGUAGGUACUCCAGAGUCCUCCAAAGACCCAGCCCCCUCCCCCACUGGGGCAUCAGGCCUGUUCCGGGUUCGUCUGGCUGAUGGGCCCAACCGGUGUGCCGGGCGGCUGGAGGUGUGGCACGCUGGACGCUGGGGGACAGUGUGUGAUGACAGCUGGGACCUGCGGGAUGGCAUGGUGGCCUGCUGGGAGCUGGGCUGCGGAAGGGUUCGGCCCCGAGUGGGCAAAACCCACUACGGCCCUGGCACCGGGCCCAUCUGGCUGGAUGACGUGGGCUGCAAGGGAAGUGAGGCCUCGCUGAGCGACUGCCCCGCUAGGGCGUGGGGACAGCACAACUGCGACCACGAGGAGGACGUGGGGCUCACCUGCACUGGCUAUGCAGAUGAGGAAGACUACCCCCCCUGGACCUGGGACCCCACCUCAGGAGAGGACCUGGCCAAGGGGACCGCCGCUGCAGCGGUGCCUGCACACACUCUACCCUGGGGCACGGCUGGGAGCACAGGGGCCCCCUCCCCAGCGACGAGGCGCCUUCCAAGCUCAGGUGGCGAGGAUGGUUAUGAGCCUUCCUGGACGUGGGAUACACCUUCAGGAGAGGUCCCAGCCAAGGGGACCCCCACCGCAGGCAUACCUGGACCCCCUGGCACCGCUGGCACCAUCAGGAGCCCAGGCCAUCCCUCUCUGGCUCCAAGGGUCCGUGGGGAUACAGGUUCCCUGAGGAAACCGUGGCCCGAGCGACGGCUGCGGCCCACAGCGGCCAGGACUGCGCCCCCCACCACUUCCCCAGCUCCCUCCGCCUCGCCGGGGCCGCCGGGCCCUGUCCUGACCUCUGACUCCGCGCCGCAGCUCAUCCCCACAGCAGCUUCAACGCCGGAGGUGACCUCUGACCCUCCCGCCACUUUGCCGCCCAGCCCAGACCCGGCCUCCUGGAUGAACUCUCACCGCACCUUGACAACCCCUGGCCUUACUUUGUCCACCCCUGAUGCCACCGUGUUUCCAGCGCUGACCCCUGGGCUUUCACCCACUCCACCACCCACCAUGCCCAAAGAACUGACCUCUGACCCCUCUGCACCGGCGGUGGUGACCCGCCUUUCCCCUACCUCACAGCUGACACCAGAGUCUGACACAACCCCAGUCUGGGACACAUCUCCAUACCCCAACACACCUCCAGAACCUUUUAGUUUCCCAGACCCUUCCACAAGUUCUCACCCCACUACCAUCCCUCACUCCACCAUGACCUCUCACCCUACCACGACCUCUCACCCCACUACCACCCUUUACCCCACCACAACCCCUCACUCCAAGACCUCUCACCCCACCACAACCCCUUAUCCCACCACGACCUCUCACUCUACCUCAACCCCUCACCCCACCACGACCCCUCCUCCCAUCACCACUGCUCAACCUAUCACAACCCCUUACCCAACCACAACCCCUCAACCCAGGACGACCCCUCAACCCACCACGACCCCUUAUUCCACCACGACCUCUCACCCCACCACAACCCCUUAUCCCACCAUGGCCUCUCACCCCACUGCCACCCCUUACCCCACCCCCACCCCUCACUCUACCUCAACCCCUCACCCCACCACAGCCCCUCCUCCCAUCACCAGUGCUCAACCUAUCACAACCCCUUACCCAACCACAAGCCCUCACCCCACCACGACCCCGCAACCCACCACAACUCCUCCUUCCAUCACCAGUGCUCAACCCAUCACAACCCCUUACCCUGCCACGACCCCUCACCUCACCACCACUGCUUACCCCACCAUGACUCCUCACCCCACCUCAACCCCUAUGGUCACUGCCAAGUCCCUUCUAACUUCCUUGGGAACAGAACUUCCCUUUCCCUCUUCAGCACCAACAGUCAAGCCCAGCCCACACCCCCGGUUGACAUUCACGGGGGCCCCUCACCCCUCCACAUCCCAGAUGUGGAGCCUAGAGCCCUGUCCAGCAACAGAGUCCAGCCCCUGCAGGCCCUCUCCAGCCCCCAGCAUAGACACACUGUCCACUGAGAACUUCAAACCACCCACAAGCCAGAGCCCCAAAGUAACCUCUCCACCUACCCAGACUCCACACUCAGCCUCUGACCCCACUGUGACCCCUGACCUCCACCUGUCCCCUAUGGCCCCCACCUUGGAUCAACCUCCCCCUGACUGCCUCACCCUAGGGCCAACUCCUGGUCAGAGCCCAGGCCCCCUUGGCCCAUGUGAAGCCCCAGUGCCACCUGUAAGGGUCAUGGCUUGUGAUCCGCCUGCCCUGGUAGAGCUGGUGGCCGCUGUGAGGGAUGUGGGUAGCCAGCUACAGAGGCUGACACAGGCUCUGGAGCGGGACCAGCAGGAGCGCCACGCCCUGGGACUGGGGUUGACCCAGCUGGUGGAGGCUGCCCAGGGUCUGGGGCAGCUGGGUGAGGUUGUAAAGAGACUGGCAGAGGUGGCCUGGCCCCCCAGCACACCUGCACCAACCACUACUACCCCAGAGGAGGAAGAGAGGCCUCUGCGGGGAGAUGUGUGA